AUGCUCGGCGCAGCAAUAGGUGCCGUCGAUGACCCCUCCUUAGUUCUUGGAGGAGUGACGGGCGAGACGCGCUCGUCCGAGCCGCCUGACGGCGCCGGUGGUGCGAAACUCUCGCCGCCUCACGCGGAUUCGCUUAGAGACGCUUCCGACGGUGUCGCCGCUGUAGAGAGUACAAGCAGCGCCGCAGAGUCCGACGCGUCUACUGCGCCGCGCGGACUCGCCGGAGGUGGCGGAGACGCUGUGGAGGACCGCGGUGCGAGCGACGAGAAAGCGCAGACGGCGGAGGAGGGACGCGCUGUAGCGGACGGAAACCCGGCGGAAGGGAUGGUGGGGGGCGGAGGGGCGGAGCGGAAUGGGGGGAUGCAGAGCGCCGCUGUAGGCGACCGCGGGCAUGCCGCGACGGAAGGCGUGGGGGGGGCGGCGGCGGACGAGGGGGAGGCUGAGUUGGUGGAGAAGAACGAGGGGGAAGCGACGGGGAGAGGGGAGGCGGAGGGAAGCCGAAAGGAGGAGAGGAAGGACGAGAGCAGCGGCAAAGAGCAGAAUGCAGGGGGACAGGGGGUGAACGGGGAGGUGGAAGGAGGGGAGGGAAAGACGGAGGGGAGUGAGGGGGUUGCAGGGCGGCAGCAGGGCAGCAGGCGGGGGAGGUUGCGGGAGAUGGUGCGGCGCGCGGAGCAGCAGCGGCGCGUGGUGGGGUACCUGGACGUGGGCAGGGAGGUGGCGCGCUCCGUGGAGCGCCACCACCGCGCACAGCACGGCGCGGGCGCGCCUAGGGGUGAGGGGCAGGCAGGCGGGGGGAAUGGGGGCGAAGGGCAGGGGGGGCACGGGGACAGGGAGCACGGUGGUGGGGCGGGCAAACUCCCACUCCAGCACGGCCACGCGCCUCACCACGCCUUCACGGAUUCCGCCCCCCUGCACGCCCCCCCGCUCGCGCCCCUGCACGCGCCCCUGCACGCCCCCCACUCCCCCCUCCGCGCGGGCGGGCGGUUGCAGCAGCUGCAGGCGGAGGAGUGGGGAGGCGGCGGGGAGGGGGGCAUGGGGCGCGACGUGAGCACGAACAGCAACAUGGGCGCGGCGGAGUGGCUGGAGGGGUGUUUGGAGGAGGAGGAGGAGUGGCAGCAGUGGCGCAUCGACCCGCAGCAGCUGGUCAUCAAGAGCUUCCUUGCACGCGGCACGUAUGGCUCCGUGCACCGCGGGGAGUACCGCGGGAAGCAGGUGGCUGGUGCGUUGCAGGUAUAUGGGGCAUGGGUGAAGCUGAUGGAUUGGGGCGAGGUGGACAAGGCAUCGCGUGCCAAGCUCACAUUCCUGCGAGACGUGUUUGCACAGGAGGUGCUCGUUUGGAGCACACUGGAGCAUAAGAACAUCUGCCAGUUCGUGGGGGCGCUGCUGGGCGGGCCCGACUCGUACACCUUUCCAUCCACGGUGGAGGAUCACCGGGGCGUGCUGCGAGUGGGCAGCCACGUGUGCUGCGUGGUGCUGGAGUUCCUGGCGGGCGGCACGCUGAAGCAGCUGCUCAUGAAGCACUAUCACAAGAAGCUCUCCGUGCACCGUGUCGUGCACCUGGCACUGGAUAUUGCUGAGGGGUUGGAGUAUCUGCAUUCAAGAGGCAUCGUGCACCGCGAUGUGAAGUCAGACAACAUGCUGCUGGACAAACACCACCGGGUGGUGAAGAUAGCAGAUUUUGGGGUGUCACGGGUGAAGUCGGACAGCAGCACCAUGCACCACAAGACCGGCACCUACGGCUACAUGGCGCCUGAG